GCAAUUUUCUGUAAAAAAAUCAAAACAAAUGUUUUUUCUUUUGUUUUUCUGUUGAUUGCGGCACGUGUUGAAAUACUUUAUUGAAUUUUUAAGAGAAAAAAGUGAAUAGAUAUGCGUAAUUUAAAAUUAAAAUAUAAUCAACAGUAUACCCAAGGUAUAGCUCAAGCUAAAUGCCUUUUAAUUAAUCCCAAUUCGGGUAAAUCCGAUGAUAAUCGUUUUGUGGUCACCGAUGACAAAUUGUUUUUAUACAAACCCGGUUCAACGGAGCCUCCCAAAGUAUUGGCAGAAGUUCCAGACAUUGUAGCAGCCGAAUAUUUAGCUUUAGAAAAUGAAAUAUGUUUGGCUACCUCAGUGGGUGAAGUUUUAUUAGUGAAUCCUGAUAAUUUGCAGGUUAAUGAGGGCACAUUCUGUGAUGUGGGUAUUGAAUGCAUGUCUUGGAGUCCCGAUCAAGAGGUGGUGGUUUUUGUUACCAAACAUCACAAUGUGGUGGUAAUGACUUGCACUUAUGAUCCUUUGGCGGAGCACAGUUUAUCAGACGAAAACGCUGAGGCUGAGGGAGAGUUUGUCAAUGUGGGCUGGGGCAAAAAGGAGACCCAAUUUCAUGGCUCCGAGGGUAAGCAGGCAGCCAAACAAAACCUAGAUGAUGGAACGAAAGUUAAUGUAGAGGAAUUACCCCAGGAUAUACAUGUAGAUUGGCGUGCUGAUGGUGCCUAUUUUGUAGUGUCUUAUGUUUCCUCCGCUAAGGGACGCACCUUUAAGGUUUUCGACAAAGAGGGAAAAUUACAGUAUGUAGCCGAAAAGCAACCUAAUCUAAGUCCUGCGGUAAGCUGGAGACCUUCUGGCAAUUGGAUUGCUUUGCCACAAAGAUUGCCCAAUAAAAGCUGUAUUGCUUUAUUCGAAAAGAAUGGCCUAAGACAUCGUGAAUUGGUUUUACCUUUUGAUUUACAAAAUGAACCUGUUGAGAGCAUAAAAUGGAGUUCGGAUUCAGAGAUACUCUGCCUUAAGACCCAGCAUAAACUAUAUUUGUAUACUAUAGGCAACUAUCAUUGGUAUUUGAAGCAGGUGUUGGAAUUUUCCAUAGAAAAUCAAAUCAAUUAUUUGAUAUGGGAUAAUCGUAUUGGCGAAGAGAAAACUUUGCAUUUGUUAUUUGAAAAUGGCAAAUAUUUGGUGUAUAAAUGGCACUGGUCUAUAGAUCGUUUUAAUCGUUCUGGUCUUGUGUGUGUAGUGGAUGGUAAACGUUUAUUAUUAACUGAUUUUAGUAAAGCUGUCAUACCGCCACCCAUGUGCAGCCAGGAAUUGUUGCUGGAGAAUGAAGCUUUCAUAGCAGCCAUUUGCUUGCAAGGUGUUCAGGAGGAUUUACAACUGUGCAUCUAUGAUUCUAAGCAUAAUAUACAUUUGUUUAAAGCUAAAGUAACAGCUCCUACUAAAUUUACUAAACUAGGUGUUUUAAAAUCUUUGGAAUCCCCUGAUUCACUACAACCUUUACAAUAUGCUAAUUUGCAGUGGUUUGAGAGUUUUGAGGACACUUAUCUAUUGGCCUAUAAUACGCGGGAUAAUGUUAGCGCUUUAAAAUUCUUUAGCUUGGAUUUAACACAAAACUGUUUUAAAGCAGUGUCCACGGUCAAUAUAGCCGGUACCGUUUAUACUCUAGCACCCUCGGGCCGGGAACAACCCUGUGAAUUGUUUUAUCAAUUAAUGGAUGACUGCCGUUUAAUGCAAUUGGUCUUUGAUGUGGAUAGCAAUCGCGAGACCAGUAGACGUUUACAUGCUGAAUUUGAAAAUUUAAUAGAACAAUUGGAAACCUUUAUAAGACCACUGGAGGCAGAAACCUUUACUAUUGCUUUAACCAUUAAUCAGGUUUUGUUUAUUAACACCCAGCGUUCUGCUCAAGAUGUUACCUCCUUUUGUAUGGCGGGUAAUUAUCUAACCUUUACCAAACUUGCUUCACUGCACUUUUUACGUUUAAGUGACUUGUGUUUGGUUAAUGAAAGACGUUUGGAAAGAGGUUCCAAAUUGAUAACCACGGUUUCCCAGUCGGCUAGAACUGUGUUACAAAUGCCUCGUGGUAAUUUGGAAGCUAUUUGUCCUAGAGUUUUAUCUUUAGAAUUGGUGGGAGCUUUAUUGGAGUCUCAGAAAUAUUGUUUGGCUUUUGAUAUGCUGCGCAAACAACGCAUUAAUUUGAACAUCUUGUGUGAUCACAAUAUGUGUGAUUUUGUUAAUCGUUUAGAUGUUUUCCUGCAGGAAAUACAAAAUCCCAAUUGGCUAAAUCUAUUUCUAAGUGAUUUGCAAAAUGAGGACUUUACCAAAACCAUGUACUCGAGCAAUUAUAAAGAAAACUCUCAAACCUAUCCGGAGGACUUUAAAAUUGAAAAUAAAGUUUUAUAUUUAUGUAAAGCUUUAUGUGCUCGUAUGGAACAAAGCAGUGAGAAACGUUAUCGUUUACCUAUACUAACAGCUUAUGUAAAAAUGGGUGAAUUGGAAAAGGCAUUAGAACUUAUAUGGCAAGAUAAGAGAAAUGAUAAUAACACAGAUGGUAGUGGUACAGCUGCUGCCGAAGAUGCUUUAAAAUAUCUCUUGUACUUGGUGGAUGUUAAUGAAUUGUACAAUGUUGCCUUGGGUACUUAUGAUUUUGGCCUAGUACUCUUUGUUGCUCAAAAGUCACAAAAAGAUCCCAAAGAAUAUUUAGCUUUUCUUAAUGAAUUGAAAUCGUAUGAAUUAAAUUAUCGUAAAUUUAAAAUUGAUGAACAUUUGAAACGUUUCGCAAAAGCUUUAAAACAUAUUGCCAAUUGUGGCAAGGAAAAGUUUGAUGAAGCUUUGGCUUUUAUUAAGAAACAUGAAUAUUAUGCUCAGGCUUUGAGAGCUUAUCGCGAGGAUGAGGAUUGUUAUCGGGAAAUUUGUUUGGCUUUUGCUGAUUAUUUGAGAGGCAAGGGUAAAUUUGAAAAUGCUAGUAUUUUAUAUGAGCGAGGCCUUAAUAUGCAGCAGGCUUUGUUGAGUGCUAAGCAUGUUUUAGAUUGGCAGAGGGUAUUAAUGCUGGCUAAGAAAAUUGAUCCAGAGUCGGUGGCCACGGUGGCAAACUCGCUCAUCUCACCACUGCAAGAACAAGGCAAACAUUUGGAAGCUUUUGAAUUGGCCAAAAAAUAUUCCAAUAAUUUCACUUCAGCUCUAGAAUGUCUAUUUGCGGGUAAAUUAUUCUUAACAGCAAUUUAUGAAAUCAAUGUAAAUGAAGACGGCGACCAAAAAGAGGAACUAUUACAAAACCUCCUAAUACCCAAACUAUUGGCAUAUCAUGAAAUACUUUCCAAUAAUUUAGCAGCCGAUCAAGCAGAAUUUAUUAAACAUAAAGCUCGCCUAUUGGAGGUUCGCAUCGAACGCUCUAAACAAGCACAAAAUUUAGUCGACGGCAAUGAUCAAAUAGAUAUAGAUGAAUGUGAUUUAUUGUCCGAUACCACCAGUUUAAGAUCAUCACGUUAUACCGCCAGCUCUAGGGGAACAGGCAAAACUUUCCGUUCCAGCAAAAAUCGCCGUAAGCAUGAACGCAAAUUGUUAAGUUUUAAGCCGGGCAAUCCUUUCGAAGAUAUCGCUUACAUUAGUGCUCUUUAUACACAAAUUACCAAAUGUUUUAAUCAACAGCAGCAUAUACACGACACCUGUAAAGCUUUAGUUUUAUGUAAUAAGGAAAAUGAAGCUACCGAUUUACAGCAACAAUUAAAAGUUUUAUUAAGAUUAAUGCAAGAUUCUUUGGAUGAUAUUUGGAUACCUGAAAUGCUGUCUGUUACGGCAGCUCAACAGUUUAUACAAGGACCCAACUUUGAUUAUACACAAUUACAAAAUGAACAACGUUAUGCAAUGUUGGAUCCCAUCAAACGUUUUAAACCUCAACUAAAUAUAAUCGAUUGGGAACAUGAGAUCUUGCAGUUAUAAGUUUGUUGUAAUAUGUUUUUUUUUAUAUUUUAUAAUUACUAUUUUUAAGCUUGGCUUAAUACAAAAAAACAAAUCAAUAAAAAUGUUAAAAUAAAAAUAAAUUAAAAUAACUUUAAA